CGCGGGGCGGCGGGCGGCGGCGGCGGCGGGGCGGCGGGCGGAUGGCGGCAGGCGGCGGCGCCGCCCGCUGAAGGCGAGGGAGCGAGGCGGUGGCGGCGGCGAGACGCGGGGCAGAGCGGGCGGGAUGCGGGCGGAGGAGCCGCUGGCGCUGGCGGCCCCGCGGGCGGGCGGCGGCGAGGCGGAGGCGGAGGCGCCGGGCGACGAGCGGAGCGGCGGCAGCUGCUGCAGCAGCGAGCGGCUGGUGAUCAACAUCUCGGGGCUGCGGUUCGAGACGCAGCUGCGGACCCUCUCCAUCUUCCCCGACACGCUGCUGGGCGACCCCAGCCGCCGGGUGCGCUACUUCGACCCGCUCCGCAACGAGUACUUCUUCGACCGCAACCGGCCCAGCUUCGACGCCAUCCUUUACUACUACCAGUCCGGGGGGAGGCUCCGCCGGCCGGUCCAUGUCCCCCUCGACAUCUUCCUGGAGGAGAUCCGCUUUUAUCAGCUGGGCCAGGAGGCCAUCGAGACCUUCCGAGAGGACGAGGGCUUCAUUCAAGAGGAGGAGAAGCCCCUGCCCCAGCACCACUUCCAGCGCCAGGUCUGGCUGCUCUUUGAGUAUCCCGAGAGCUCCGGGCCGGCCCGGGCCAUCGCCAUCGUCUCCGUGCUGGUCAUUCUCAUCUCCAUCGUCAUUUUCUGCCUGGAGACCCUGCCCGAGUUUCGCCAGGAGCCCAAAGGCCCCCAGCCCGGCUUCGGGGAGCCGGCGCCGCCCGGCGACGAGGCGCUGCUGCUGCUGCCGCCGCCGCCGCCGCCGCCGAGCGGGACUCCGCCGCCCCUGCGCCCCGCCGCCGGCGCCGGCCCCUUCUUCACCGACCCCUUCUUCCUCAUCGAGACCCUGUGCAUCAUCUGGUUCUCCUUUGAGCUCCUCGUCCGCUUCUUCGCCUGCCCCAGCAAGCCCGAGUUCUCCCGCAAUAUCAUGAACAUCAUCGACAUUGUGGCCAUCAUCCCCUACUUCAUCACCCUGGGCACUGAGCUGGCCCAGCAGCAGCAGCAGAAGCAGCAGCCCGGCAGCAGCAGCAACAAUGGUGGCCAGCAGCAAGCCAUGUCCCUGGCCAUCCUCAGGGUCAUCCGCCUGGUCAGGGUCUUCAGGAUCUUCAAGCUCUCCAGGCACUCCAAGGGGCUGCAGAUAUUGGGGAAGACUCUCCAGGCCAGCAUGAGGGAGCUUGGCCUUCUCAUCUUCUUUCUCUUUAUUGGGGUUAUCCUCUUCUCCAGUGCUGUCUACUUUGCAGAGACUGAUGACCCUGACUCCCUGUUCACCAGCAUCCCUGAUGCUUUUUGGUGGGCGGUGGUGUCCAUGACCACCGUGGGCUAUGGGGACAUGUAUCCCAUGACAAUUGGUGGCAAGAUUGUGGGCUCCUUGUGUGCCAUCGCGGGUGUGCUCACCAUCGCCCUCCCUGUCCCUGUCAUCGUGUCCAACUUCAACUACUUCUACCACCGAGAGACUGACCACGAAGAGCAAUGCCAGUACACCCAUGUCACCUGCGGCCAGCAGCAGUCACCCUUCUCUGAGCCCAAGAAAGGUGACAGUAAUCAAUCUCUCAGCAAAUCUGAAUUCCUGGAAGCAGAAGACCUGGAAUCCAUGAAAUAUUCCAACUUCAUUCCUCCCAACAACCAGGGUUAUAAAGAGAAGAAAAUACUGACAGAGGUGUGAUCAGUUUUGUUAUCCUGGGUCCAGACACAGAGCUGCAAGCUGCUGCACAGCCGUCUUCCCACUAGCAGCUGGAUCUAUUCAGCAUUUACAUGCCAGACUGUGAAUUGUGAUACCGUAAACAGAAUGAUUGUGAUAAUGGGCUCUUCUGUCCUGAUUUGCUGUUUCUCAUUACCGUGUGCAGCCAGAAAUGUUCUAGCUUUAUUCUGUGGAGUGCUAGCUGUCAUCCCCCACUGCCUCGUGAAUUUCUUUCUCUGUGUUUGAAGACUGCUUUAAGCCAAUAGUUGCUCUGAAACCUAGCCUUUCUACUCCACUAGCAGAGAAGCCCUGCUUCAGCUGAAAGAUUCGGCAGGGAGUAAAUGGUUAAAGGGGCUACAAACAUCUGGCUCAAGCUGUGCCCUUAGUUCCUGUGCCAGCGCAGUGCCCUUGGCUGUGGGAUCAGUCACGCCUGCCAUGCCAUUGCCUUUGAAUAAUGGAAACGCUGUAGCCAGCAGCACAGUGAGUUCUGCAGCUGUAGGGGAAAGUCAGCAAGCAGAUGCCUUCCUUCUUUGCAGUGCCUGGCAUGCUAAAGAUCCUCUUGGUUUGUGUUUUUAAAAAAGGUGCAUAGAUCUAAAAGCUCUUCGUUGCUUGUGACCAUAUACCAUUUAUCAAAAACAGACUUAGAGAAAUCAACAGGCUUGGUGAAGGUUCUCUGUGUUGAGCUUAUUUCAGCCUUAUUGAUGCCAGUGCCCUGAUGUUAAUAGGCUUUUAUAGUACCAACUUAAUUUUCAUAGUGGUAAGCGCCUUCUGAUGCAAGGCACAUUUGAGUAAAUUCAUUUGUUAUCUUCUCAGUUUAUCUCCACACAAUAGCGUUUAAUGAGAUGUAGUUUAUGCUUCAGAUAUCCAGUUCUGUAUUCAGGCAUGUGAGAGCAAUUGACUCCACUGCAUUUUUAUUGUGUUUGUAUAGCUGAGGGAAGUUUGCAUGUUGGUAUUUUGUUGACACUGCUGAAAACCCUCAACCACAGACAGCUGCACCUGUGCUGUCUGAAGAUUUCACUGAUUUAGCGGGUAACAGGCAUAAAUUGCCCCAGGGUAAGUGUGUCAACAUUUGAGAUUGAGAUUGGCACGGAUACAAACUUCCCUAAGCCAUCUGCACAAACCCAACAGCAUACCCCAGACUUUUCAAAUGAGGGGAAAAACAGCUAGCCUUGAAGAGAUGCUUUUGCUGUUUUACUGAUCUAGCCAGUUCCUGGUAUUUCAUGGAUAGAAGGCACAGCAAUGUCUUUUGCAUGCACUAGGUUUUAUGAACGCAACUUAUGCUAGCAAUGCAAAAAACGUAACUUAGCCUGCAGUGCUGGGUUUGCCAAGGGACCAGAGAUUUGCAUCUUAAGAUGCACAUUUUGCUUCCCAGAGCAUUUCAUUUUUUUUAAUCAGCUCUGCCUUACAUCUAACUUUAAAAUGUUUCAAAUGCUGCCAGUAGGUAAGAAGGGGAAAUGGAUGCUUUCAGAUUCUAUUGGCAAGUUUUCCUGCAAGGAAAAGUCUUUCUUGUUUUAACUCUAAGUGUGUAUUCUGCAUUCACAUGUGUGCAUGUGUAUGAAAGCAAAGGCAGCCAUUAAUGCCUUGCAUCAUACUGUAUGAUAUGCAUAUUAGAAUGUACUACAUAUUGCAUGUGACACAUGUAAUACAUAAACCAGACAUAAUAUCAAGAAUACAUUUUAUGUAUAUGUAUAUAUUAUAAUUUUCAACCAUAAGGGUAAAAAUGCUAAAGGUAUAUACUUUAAUAUAGUCAGAAUUGGCUAUAGAACUGGUUGUGAGAUGGGAUCUGUUUGCAUCUUUGUUACCCUGCUUGUUUUUCAUCGCCUUGAGAUCUGGCUCUGUGCCUAGAGUGCUUUUAUUGUGGCCUCUCCUCAUCUGGGUCCUGAUCGUACAGUAGAAGCUGUUUGUGUAAAUUCUAACUGCUGCAUUUCUCCAGAGUCCCGUUGUUUUCUCAAAGGUUUUUAAUACACAGGGAUCUCCCUUGGGGUCAGCGCACAACCAUUAUAUUAAAACCUCUGUUCUCUCUCUCACUGAAGUCACUAGCAAAAUGCCACUUGUCUCGGUUACUGCAGGUCAGUCUGGGAGACACAAGUGUGAUAUGUUGAGGGCUCUAUAGCUGAGAGGAGAUUGCCUGAAUACAUAGGUGCCUAAUUCCGCUGUGGUGCAUUGGGACUGAGGCAAAUGUCUGUGAAGGUCUGGGCCUUGGGAGCCAUUCUGUAUCCCUUGAAGCAUGUAACCAGCCAGUGGGUAAGUAAUCCUGGUGAAUAUGUGGGACUGAGGAAGGAUCAGCGUGGUGGCAUCUCUGUUGAUUUUGUGUAGAAAGUUGUCUUGGUCAUUGCGUUAAUUCAGCAAAAAGCUGUUGUUGUUUUUAGCUGUGUUUCAGGGUCACUAUAAUGAAAUCUUUUCUGUGAGCACAAGAGAGUGACUCUUCUUCAAAUUUUGUGUUGCUCUAGCAGAUGCACUAGAAACUAGCAAAAGAAUCUGCUAUUUAAGAGGGAUGUUUCAAGGCUGCUGCUGUCUCCUCGCAGAAUGCCCAUGUUUGGGGUUAUUUUAUGCCUGAGUGUAUCAGCUGAUAAAAGUUUCCCCAAAGUAAGAUAUAAAAAACUCAGGUUAAGCACGAGUUCAGGAGGAGGCAUGAGGCACACUGAGCCUACGUCAGAAAAUUCCCGUGCUCGUUUCUUCCCUUGGGCCUGACCCCAUUGCUCCUGCCAGGCAGGAGCCCUCCCUGCUCAGAACAGGUUGUUCUCCCAACCAGCAUGACAGACGGCUGGGCAUGGAGACUCCGGCAAGAAAAGAUGUGAAACAAAUUACUGGUAGUAUAAUCUCAAUGUGUCUUACAGAGAUGCUUUUGUAAAGAGAUUUCCUGCGCUCAGGUGAAAUUCAGCAGUGAGUUUCUAGCUGGAGUGUUGUCUGCCCGCAGGAAUGUGCAUGCACAUACGUGCAUACACAAAGCACUGGUGCAAAGGAACUUUGUUGCAAACAGUCAGUUUUGUGCAGUUUUUUGCGAUCCACAUUUUUCAGUUCUGAAAAGAAAGUGCAGAUGAAAAUGGGUAAAACAGGUGGUUCCUUCCUGGGUUUUCUGUGUUGGAGCUAAGAGAAAUAUAAAAAGCCAACAGAAACUUGGCAAGUGUAACCUAUGGACUUUCAUUUGGGCAUGUAAAUCCUUCUCUAAGCAGCUCCUGAAAAGCAAGGCAGUGAGGUCCCAGAGUCAUCAAUAACACUAUAUAUUACAGAACUUAUGGAAUUUGACAUUUUUAUUAAGGAGCCUUUCAAGUGACCGAAGUGACAUAGUGGCACCCGGGCCACUGACUUUACAGAGGACUCAUGUCACUGAAUCACAGAGAUGCUUUCAAAAAUCUUACCUCAAGUUCUCAGCCCUUAGCACUUACUCCUGGAUGUUCGAAAUACAAAUCUGUCUGUCUAGCUAUUUCCUUCUGAAGGCAGAGUGCAUCCUCGUGAAGCAAAGCAGGCACCUCCAGGGACUUGUUUCCAUAACAACCUCCCAGACUGUUUCUCUCUACCCUGUGACUGUGGCUACAAGCAAAAGCACUCGUUGAAUAUUUUUAGUUUUCAGAUAUUGGCACCUUUUCUUUACAGCUGUUUUCUCUCCUUACUGAAGAUGAUCCUUGUAUCAUAUACAACUGUUCUGUCCAACUCCAGACAGACAGUUAUCAGCAUUUGGAAGCGGAAAGUGCAAACCAGGAGAUGGGAAGGGAUUUUAUUUGUGUAUCCUUGCAUACAGAGAGGUGGGGAGUGUGUGAAGGACAAUCUGAGCACUCACAGUCAAGGAGCUGAGGGGCAACUGGCCUGUGAAUGUAGAGUCAUCUGGGUGCCCUGUGACAAGGAAUACAAGCUAAGGCAUCGCGUUAGAAAAACAGAGACUCCUCUUCCAACAAUCUCACUAGGAGAUAGUUUUGCUGUGGAAGAGACUAUUGCUCCUUCCUGAACCCUUGGCUGUGACAAUCAGUUCCCCAGAUAAUUUUCCCACAGGAUGUUUUGCACCAAAGCAGGACAGGGCAGAAAUCAUCUUGCUGGAGAUGGGGAAGGAAGGAAAGGAAGAAUUUUACUGAGGACACCUUUUUUUAUCCACAACUUACCAACUACAGGAAAAACUGUAAGCAGGAAAGGCAUGAAGAGCUGCUUUGUGAUAUUUCAAAGGCUACAUCACUGAUGGAUUCCUGGACGUACCUCCAAGAUGAAAUGCCUGUUCUGCUCUUGUUUGGAAAAUGUUGCAAUUUGGGAUUUUUGAGCAAUUUUCUGUUUUGGCCCUAUUCUUUUGAUCCAGCUUUCACAGAUAAAAAUUCAUUGCUAGAGCAGCUGUGGGGGCGAAGGGGACUGGACUUGGUGUUUUCUCCUAGGCCCCCUCGUUCAGCAUGCAGAGACCCCUAUGGAGAUAAAGAAGAAUGGGUAUAAAGGAAAUUCAGGGCAGCAAGAGACAGGGUAAGGACUGAAGUGUCUUCCAUACUGUGAUGGAAAGAAGAGCAUCAUCCCUAAAACCAAAGGAACAAACAGCUCCAGCAUCUGCUGCUAUAGCAGAGGUCCUGUUUACAUCAGGGAAGGAUCUGCAGAUUACAGCAGGAGUUAACCACAGCUUUCCCAAAAGCUCUCAUCUGACUUGAGUCCAAGCUGGAUUCUGGAUGCUGCAAGGCUGUCAUGCCAGGAUACUGCAAAAGAGAUUGUUGCAUCUGCUUACUGUAGAGUUGGUGAAGUUUCCCUGUGCACAGGGAAUACAACAUUUAUGGACAGGAAACUGUUUUCCUUGCAUUGUGAUUUUCUUGCUGCUGUUGUUUUUAAAGGAGUUAACACUGUCAGUUCCAGGAAACUGAAACUAGAUGUGAACAAUGGUUGGAGGGAGGAGGCAGGGAGAAUCCCAUACAAGAUUCAAAUGUGUCUCAUUUCUGAGAAAACUAAAUAAAUCAGGAUUCAAUUUCCGGUGGCUAAAUAGCAGCAAUUUAUGAGCUGUUCGUCAAAAGCCCCAGACAAGCACCGAGUCCUGUGGGAAGCUGGAAAUGGACACAGGGCACCUCCAGAAGACUCUGUUACUGAAACUUACUUUAAACCUUUUUUCAAGUGGAGGAUCCAGUUCUGGCAAAUGCAUAAGGUCAGCCCUUAGAAGAGCAAAUAGCUUUCUCUAGAGAAUUGAAAAAGUGGCCAAAGUCUGUCCAUUUGUUUGCCUGUCUUUUGGUCCUGAAUUACUGUGCUUUUUAAAACCGUGGUUUCAUAACUCGGAUAAAUGGUAGAUGUUUAAAAUAGCUCUACAAGUAAAAAAAUCAUCCUGUUCAUGCAUAAUAUCUGAUAUCUAAAGGAUGGGCCCAAACUAGAGGUAUUUCUUACUUACCUAUGAAGUGUCUUGCUUUAGCGUAUGUACAGUCAAUUCUUGUUGUGAACAUGUGAGUCCAUUGCCUGCCUUAAAGCAGGUAGUGGCUUAGUUUCAGUGGCUUUAGAGAGUUUCACUGAAAUAGCACUGUUCGUAGUCUUUUAUGUGAUUUAAAAGGCACAAUAGCCAAAUAGUUCUGAAAAUGUAAUAUAAUUGUACACAGCAUUCCCAGAAAAAGCUCUGAAGUCUUCUCCCAUUGCACCAUUGUGAUAAAAACCUCUGUUGCUUUUCAAGCUCUACAAGUCCACGCUGUGCCAUGCUGAAACUGAUGGAAAACCCAAUUAGCACUGAAAAGUGAAGGGCAGAGAGGGAUGCUCUGGCCUGGACUGCCCUCCCAUUGGCAGCGGCAAAGGUCAGCCGUGCAGCCAAAACUCCAUAAUCAAAGGUGGACCCUACCCUGUGCAUGUUUCCAGCUCUUUGCAUAGAAGAGUGGGAGGGUGGGAAGAGAGAAUUGGUUCUGGGAGGGGAGAGAUUGAGAGGAAGAGUGGAGUAAAGGGUACUCUGAGCAUGACAACUGGGAUUUUAAGAGGGUACUCUGAUGGAUGCAGGGCACCCAACUUCCCCAGGACCCCUUAUCAAUAGCACCCUGUACAUCUUUAUGAGUGACUUUUAGCCUGACUGGCAGUCAUCCCAGUCAAUGUGUGACUGAAAAGAGGUAGAAGGGAGCUCACUCCAAUUUGGCAGCUCUUGGCAUCUGUAACAGGCGAGGACUUUAAUACCUCCUCAUGGUUGCUGGCUGAGGGUCUGAUCCCCUGAUGACCUGUGACUUCAUGACUAUCUGUGACUCGAACAGGCUUAUAGGACUGGGCUUAAAGAAACUGUGAGGUGCCAGAUCCAAAGAUGCAUUUGGAGCAGGUCUGCCCAGUAGUCCUGAGCGUGGAUGUGAGCCCACAGUUCUUAGGAGGCAACGUUGGCUCCACGUUCGUAUUGUUUUUCUGCACAAACAAUACAGAGACCUACUAUAUAUCUUAGUGCAGGCCAGCUUGCAAUGUGGGACUUCCCUGAGUCACUGUCUACCUUGAUCUGUGUGGCAAAGCCAUGUGGCUGACUAUGGGUAGCCAGAGCUGCCAUGGACCCUUCUUGCAAGGGCAGUUGUCUUCAGACUCACCCUAAGUGCAGGCUGCCUUUAGAAAGGUGUGAAUAUGCUGCAGAAGUCUGAGAAGGUCAGAGACUUUAGACCAUACUGUGUGCCAGCACAAACAGCAGGGAUGUUAGUUUUCUUUUGCUGUGAAACCUUGCUCUGAUGCAUUAUUUCAAGGAAGACAGUUGGGAUUUUCAGGCCAGAUCAUGUGGUGAGCUAAGUAAUUCCAGCUCCCUUAUUGGAACUAGACUGAUUUACACAAAUCUGGUCCAACAUUUCUGAGAAAUUGUGGAUGGUAGGGUUUUUUUGUUUGUUUGUUGCACUGAAAACCUGAAGGCUUUCAAAUAAAGUAUGUGAGGUAAACAGAAUUUUUAGAUGGAGCAUUGAAAAUGGAGUGAAAAUCCAGUUUUCUGGAUUCAGACUUUGAGAAUACAAAUUCUUUGUAGAGAAUCCCACAUGUGGUGGGAGGAGAAGUUACUGGGCUUGAAAAUUGACCAAGAAGAUGGGACUCAACUGAGCUUUGAACAGCAAUCAUUGUCUUUAUUGGUGAUGCCAUAAUACAUGCUUGACUCAACAUUGCACAGGCCAGAACCUGAUGAAACCAUGUAACUAGAUAUUUGUGAUUGUUCCUACCAGUGUGAUCCACUGUUAAAUAGGCUAGACAUAUGAAUAAAAC